CUUAAUUAACUACUAUUAGAACUGAUUUUGCAGAAUACCCUAAAUGACAUUGUUUAAUCACCUUUAAUCCAAUAAUGAAAGCAUUUUGAAAACGAAUUUAUCCACACACUGCUCAUCAGAAGUACAAAACUUUUCCCUCAAUUAUAACGAUUUUUUUUAUUUACGCGAGUGAGUAAUAUGAUACAAAUGAGAAUCUGGUGAAAAUUACGAAAUUAAUCUCGAAUUCUGGCACUCCCAAGAUUACCAGCUUCCUGUGACAGCUCAGCUAUGGGUUAAAUUGGCCGCUAACCUUAACACCCGCAUCCAGCGGCGGUGUAGGUCAGGCAGAAAGCGGCGAGCCCGGCUUUACCUACACUGAAGGCAGAAUGAGGGACAGGCUCUGUGAGCUGCGUCGGAUCUCCCCUGAAUCCUCCGAAUGGGGGGAGGAGGAGGUGUACACCUUCUGCAUGGGCCCUGAGACAUUGGGGCAGGAAGCCGCAUCAUUUGCAGACAAGGAGGACGCCUUGAAGGAUGUGUUCGAGGAGGUGCAGUCCAUACAGCGGGAUAUCGGCCUGCUCAGGAUGGACGCCGGACGGCUGGCCAAGCAGAACGGGCGAUUCCUCACCUCCUUCCGGCGCAUCAGCAGCAUCAAGCGUGGCUCCAAUGCUAUCGCUCAGGGUAUUCGGGUUAAGGGUGAGGCCCUGUACCGGCGGCUGCGACGGAUGGACGGCCUGAGCCAGGAGCUAGAGGAGAAGAUGGGAGCCGACUCUGCCGUGGUGCGUAUUGCACGCUGCCAGUACGCAUCCCUGACCAGCAGCUUCCGUGAAGCUCUGCUUUACUACAACUGGGCCGAGGCAACCCUGAGAGAGCACUGUAAGACGCGGAUUCAGCGGCAGGCGGAUAUCCUGGGUCAGCAAGUGACUGGCGAGCAGGUAGAUGAAAUGAUCGAGACUGGCAAGUGGAGCUCCUUCUUCUCCAAAGGCAUCUGGACAUCGCGCUCGGCACUCGUCAAGAUGGAGGACCGCCACCGAGAGCUCCUGGAUCUCGAGAGUCGCCUGCGUGACAUUCGCGAGCUGUUUCUGCAGGUCGCACUGCUGGUGGAAGAGCAGGGCAGCUUUCUGGAGAACAUCGAAGCCAACAUUCUCGCCACACAGGGCUACUUUGGUGCAACAAAUGUGAGGCUCAACCAAGCUGUGAGGUACAGGAAGAAGAAUCCAUGCCGACGUUGUUUCCGAUGUUUCAGCUGCCUGACUGCCUAACCUCAUUAGUAAGUUCCUUGUGGUAUGUUUGUCCAAUAGGAAAUCAGGCCCCACAAAUGUUAUAGGUAGAAUAUUUAUUUGCUGACUGGCUGCUGUGAAGCAUGAAUGCAUGGAUGGUGACAGACGCAUGUUUUUUGUUGACAUUGUGUUUCUUUGUGGUCUGGUGGCUUAGUGGUUUGGAAGCUAAUGGUUAAGACAAGAAAAUAUUAAAACAGAAUGCAAGAUAUUUAGGUCAUGUUUGGUGUGUCAUAACAUUCUGAAUAUUUUUAUUUUAUAAUUUUGGUUUUAAAUGAUUCAUUUUUUACAUCUUCCAUAAAAGCCUAUAGUUUUAUAUUAAUGUCAUUAAAUUGCAUGCUUCGUUUAAUAUAUUAACAAAUGUUGACAUUUAUGGUAAUUGGACCAUGGUAAUUCAACAACAUAUUUGCCAACAAAAAGGUUGUGCAGGAAAUGUUUUAGAAAUACUGUAUUCUGUUGGAAUUUUUGUUAAAUGUCAUUCUGAAUAAGAUUUUAUUGUAUUAAUUUGGCAAUAAAGUAUUUUUGUGCCUAAAAAUGACUGAACAUUUGAAUGGGAAUACAGGUUUAGCCAGUUCUUCCAUGUAAUUGGCACAUAUUGCAGGCUUUAAUGCUUUUUGCUUUUAUUUUACUUUAUAUUUUAUCCUCUAGUGUAGUUACGUUGAAACAAAGUUUCUUUUCCAAGUGAACCCAAGCCAAUGGACUUUGUGUAGUAUUUCUCUGAAUAUGCAAAGGUCUUGGAAGGAAUUUGAAGGUUUUGUU